AUGAGGGUCCUCCCACUCUUUCUCCCCGUUCUCUCCCUUUCGCUCUCUUCAGCGUCUCCAACUGGAGAGCAGGUCGUUCUGGGCCUCGACCGCGCCCGUUUAUCGUCCCAUAACGCAGCCAGCACAGUCAACACACUGCUCAACGACGCUACCAAGGCCAUUCUCCGCGGCAAGAAGAACUUACAGAAGUGGAUUCACGAUGGCAGAGAGUAUAUCAAGCAGAACGAGCUCUUAUACGAGCUUGUUUCGCACCCUGUGUUCGAGGAGCACCAAUUGAGGGUCACGAAGCCAACCGCCCUUUGCGACCCCAGCGUGAACCAAAUCUCCGGCUACCUUGAUAUCGCUGAAGACAAGCAUUUGUUCUUCUGGUUCUUCGAGUCACGUAACUCUCCCUCUACGGAUCCUCUCGUUCUCUGGCUCAAUGGCGGACCCGGCUGCUCCAGCUCAACUGGCUUGUUAUUCGAGUUAGGGCCAUGCUCUAUUGCUGACGACGGCAAGAACACGACUUUCAACCCUCACAGCUGGAAUUCCAAUGCCAACAUGAUUUUCCUCGACCAACCUGUUAACGUCGGAUUCUCGUAUGCUGAGGACGGCACGACUGUCAACAACAGCCCUCUUGCUGGGAAAGAUGUCUACGCAUUCCUUGAGCUAUUCCUCCAGCGAUUCCCCGAGUACUCCAAGCAACCCUUCCAUAUCAGUGGCGAGAGCUAUGCAGGAACUUACAUUCCCAAUAUUGCCAGCGUUAUCUGGCAAGCCAACCUCCAACUUGCAGCAGCCCCGAACCCAAGUCUCAAGAAGAUCAACCUCGAGUCGCUGCUAAUCGGCAAUGGACAAACCGAUCCUUAUACUCAGAUGGGCACCGUGGCUGAGUAUGCCUGUUCCGGGCCUUUCCCCGUCUAUGAUGACCCCGAAGGACCCCAGUGCACAGCUCUACGAAGCAAAGUUCCAACUUGCCAACGGAUGCUUCAGUCGUGCUACAAGUACAACAACAAAUUUACUUGUGUUCCUGCGAUGCUUUACUGCAACUCCCAGUUGUAUGGCCCGAUCAUGCAAACGGGCGUCAACGUCUAUGACGUGCGCAAGAAAUGCGACCGCUCCAAGGACGGCGACCUCUGUUACCGGGAGCUCAACUGGAUUGAAUCAUGGAUGAACGAGCCAGCCAACAAAGUCGCGCUUGGCGUCGACCCGAGCCGCAACUUUGCCUCUUGCAACAUGGAAAUCAACCAAGCCUUCCUGUUCCAGGGCGAUGGCGGACACAACAGCGCGGAGCUCCUGACGGACCUCGUCAACGGUGGCGUCAGGCUGCUUAUAUAUGCGGGCAACGCGGACAUGAUGUGCAACUACCUCGGAAACGAGCGCUGGCUGGAGGUGUUCGACUCGAAGUUCCAGAGCGAGUACAAGGCGGCGAAGCCUAUACCAUGGAUAACCCACUCUACGGGCCAGCUUGCGGGCUCGGUCCGGUCGGCCGGCGGCAAGGGGAUCACCGCCGGAAACGUCACUUUCGUCACUGUGUUCGAUGCAGGACAUAUGGUUCCGUUUGACCAGCCCGAGGCUGCGCUUGACCUCUUCAGCCGCUGGAUCUCCAAUUCCCCCUUGUCAUAG